AUGACGAGCGUUGCCAACACCUACCACAACCAUGCGGACGCCCUCGCAAGCCCGAGAGCCAGAAGAUCUUACAUCGAGGCUUCGAACGCUGCAAACUUUACCCGUAGCGCCAGUUACACAUUUCUGGGACAUGCAGCAACAAAGAACCCCGCCUACAACGCGCCCAUACCCAUUACCAACAGAGGCAGCUUUUGCGAACAGGAUUUGAUCGCUCCUAUGGUCGACGACAGCACCGACACAUCGCCGCCUGAGUCGUCCGGUUGGUCAACGCCUGCCGACGAUCAGAUGAUGCCUGUCAGCCUGCCUCAGGAUCUGGUUGCCGAACUACACAAGAGUCCCAAAAUCACUGUCACGGCGGAUAGCGAGCAUGAACCAAGUCCACCUGUCUCGGUCAAAGACGGGACAGCAAGCAUAGAUUCGGCCAAAGUCCUCCCUGCUCCUCNNGCUCCCCCCUCAAAAUCAAGGUCUUUAGCAAAACGCCUGAGCAGGAGAUUGUCCAGUGCUCCCCCUUCACGCUCUCCUUCACCAGCCAACAGAACACGCGAAACGAAACCCGAGGAGCCUGUCCAGAAUCCUGUCAGUGAUCCGACACCAGUAGCCAGCCGACCGGUGGUCUCUCGUAGGAAGUCGAUCUUCAGAAGACGAGAUUCGGAGAAGAACAAGGAAGAUGACACAGAAGCCGCAGAAAAUGGUGGUUUCUUGGCCAAANAAGGCACUGUGCUCAAGAGGAAGUCAUUUAAAGCGGCUGCCCCAACAGUGAGAGCAUCCAUGGAGGAGCCCACCAAAUCUCAUCCGCCGAUGCCACAGCUGCCCAAGUCCUUCUCCACGGACAGAUUACAUAAUACUGUCCAUUUGCAUCCUGACCAUGCGAACCCCAUGCCGCCAUUGGCUUCCACUGAGAAGUACCAGACUCUACCUGCGCUUUCUCUGCCCCGUAAAAAAGAUGAGCUAUGGAGUGUCUUCAGAUCGCUCGAUGGCGACUAUACCAAGUAA